UGUUUUUGCUGCAGUAUAGCGUGAGUAGCGAAGCGAAUAAGUUCAGUUUUCUUAAGCUUGUUGUGUUGUGACGACUGCACUUAUAUACAAUAUAUCCGAAAGUUUAAUAACUAAUAAUGGCCACAAGUUCUGCGCAAACACCUGCUCUAGAGAGUAAUUCGAGUGAGCUGAACCAUUCCAUCGAGAAAUUAAUGAAGAAAAUAUGUGUCUUCUACGACGAACAGUUUCAAACCCAACGGCUAUUAUACCCGCGCAUCGUUUGAUACUCGCAGCAGCGAGCCCUUACUUCGAGAACCUUUUCAAUGGCCAUCAGGGCAUUAAUCCGCCGGGCCAGGCUCUGUUUACCGUUAGCAAUGUCGGUGCGAUGCUAAAGGCGGCAAUCGUUUUACAAUUAGACGAUAUCAUAACCAGUUGUGUGGACUACCUCAUGACGCAUAUCAAUGAAUUCACAUUACAGGCUGCUUAUACGCUAGCGCUUGAAACGCAAUGUGAAUGUUUAAAAAACAGAAUAAACGAACAUGAAAGAGAGAAUUUCAUGGAGAUCAGUCGAAGCGAUGAGUUUCUGAAUUUUGAUGUGGAAAAAUUACAAUGCAUUCUGGAAUCGGACAAAUUGAAUAUAAAUCGUGAGAAAGAUGCCUAUGAUGCCAUAAAUCGCUGGUUUAGUUAUGAUGUUCCCGCGCGUCAGGAACAACUACCACUUUUAAUAGCUUGUCUGCGGCUUACGCAAUUUGAUGCCGACUUUCUGUUGACACACAUACAGCCAUUACCUGGUUGUGAGCUACUGGCUUUCAAGGCGUUAUCGUGGAGCAGUGACCCUGCAGCGCGGCCAAAGAUAAAUAUCCGAUUUACAGAACCACGUGUUGUCACUGCUGGAAAUUGUGGUGAGAAAACAUUGUUGGCAGUUUGCAGUGAUGGGACGACAUUAAACCUGCUGCAAUAUAACAAAGCUAAGACUGAGUGGCGAGACUAUGCGAUUAUAAAAAACGAUUACACUUAUUAUAGAACUAUUAUAAAGGAUGAUAAUAUAUUAUUUAUUGGCGGUUUUAAAAAUAGUACAUCAAACAUCGCCCGCAGCUGGAAUAUACGAAAUAAAACAUGGCGAAAUUUGCCCAACAUGAAGGUAGCAAGAGAGCAGCACUGCGUUGUCGAAUUAUAUGGUAACAUCUACGCGAUUGGUGGUGCUGAUGGUAAUAAUGCUCUGUCGUCGGUAGAAAGAUAUACGACAUCCGGUGGUUGGGAGUUCGUGAAAAAUUUGAUGGUUGGACGACCCAACGCCAGUGCAGUGACUUUGAAUGGUAAAAUUUACAUAGUGGGCGGUAUUGAAAAGACUUGCUCAAAAUCCGUUAAAUGCUACAACCCGGAUUCGAAUACUUGGAAUUCUUGUACGGACAUGAGAAAUGAUUACCAACAGCCACCUGGUGUAGCUGUACAUAACGGUCACAUUUAUGUUGCAGGCGAUGAAAGUGUUGAACGUUACGAUCCUCAGCGAAACAUGUGGUCUCAGGUAUAUUAAGUUGAUUUUUGCCAAUCGCUUGGUAUAAAACUAAA